AUGUCAUUAUCAUCUCACAAUCUUCCCGCUGAGGAACAGACCUCUUCGUCUCCAGUAGCCGGUCCUCCAUUCGUACUCGCAGGAACAGAUCCGGAUCAACGUGAGACCGUACCGAAACAUCCCCAUGCAGAACAAUUCAUCAACACAGCUUCAAAACAUGUCUUCCCUGCUAGUUCCAAAAACAGAGUUGAAGAAACAAAGAACAAAGAAGCUCCCGAGACCGCUGGUGGGUUGAAGCAAGAUACGGAGGAGAAGGAAGAGAGACCAAUCAUCAGUGGCACACCUCUUGAUGAAAUGGCUUAUACACCAGCUUUUGAUAUCCCCUCUGUCAGAUUUUUCGAAGAAGAUUCCAACGUGGUCAAGGAGGAUCGAAUGAGGGAACAGAUGGAGGCAGAAGCAGAAGAGAGAGAGAGCGGAGAUCAUUUCAACUCAAUUCCUUCCUCAAGAAUGGAUCAGUCUCAGCUCCAGUCAAGAGGUGAAGUCACUGAUACACCUAUGUCGAUGUCGGCUUUGUCACAGGAAGACCGUACAAAAAAUAGGCCUGGAUUUGGUGCAGGGAAAGAUUUGGGCUCUGUUCGUAUGGGCGCUUCAGCCCUAAUAUCUGCAUUAAAUGCUCUCCCAUGGGACGAUGACAGUUCAAGUGACGAAGGCGAGGAUGAAGACUACCCGAACACAAGGAAUCCCUCGGCCUCGCUUAUGCAAGAACAGGCUCCAAGACCGAAGUUCAAUCGCCUUGGAUCAUCACUGCAUACUAUACGCCCCAUGAAACAGACUCGUUCCGGUGAAGACGAUUCGAACAGAUUUACAUCGGCUCGCACAGUGAGACAAUCUCAAGGGCCCGAGGCGUCACACCAAAUUCUUGAAGGCAAGGUGCAAACGAGUGAAGAUACCUCCCGCAGGUCUGACUCUCCUCAGAGAUACAUUGACGAUAACCGCAGACUUAGUGAUCCUGUCAGUGAAGGCAGCAUAGGCGGAGACGCGAGAGUAUUCCUCAAUGAGCAGAUCAGUCACGAAGAGCAAAUAGGGGAACAGGAGGAAAAGGACGAGAUCGUUCGAGCUGCCGAGCAAUCUCCAGAAAAAGCGCCGAUCAAUCUUGCACCAAUCGUCGGUCAACAUGAAGAUCAGCAGGAUCUGAAUACCGAUGCAGCGCUUCGCGAACCGGAAACGAGGACAGAACAAGCUGUCGAAGAGGGAAUUCAGUCCAAUGAAGGUGAAAGAAGGAGGGUCCGAAAAGAAAAGCUGGCCGAAAGAUUAAUGGAUGUAUUCGGCUUGGAGGAGAACGAAGAUGUACUCGAGGAGAUGAGAUGUUGGUUGUUGAGAAGUGUUAUGCUCAAGGGGUAUAUGUAUCUUACCAAUCGACAUAUCUGCUUCUUCGCCAACAUGCCUGAUAAGGAGAAUCUCGUUGUCAAGACAGGACCUCUUUACAAGAAAGCCUCGCGCACAAAAUUGAAUACCAAAUUCUGGGUUGUGCUCAAAAACGAUGUCUUGAGUUGGUAUGAAUCGACUUCCGACCCAUACUUCCCAAAGGGCAAUGUCUCACUACAAUAUUGCUCAAGCUGUGAUGCCGUGGAUGAUACAAAGUUCAAAGUCAGAAUGGCCGAGAAAAACUAUACAUUCACUUCCGAUACUGAAGCCAGUCGUGACGAAUGGAUCAAAGCUAUUGAAAAAGUUAUGUUCAAAACUCAGCACGAAGGUGAGAGUGUCAAGCUCAUCAUACCGUUGGAAGCGGUAUUGGAAGUCGAGAAGAGUCCAACUCUCGAAUUUGCGGAGACAAUCGAAAUCAAAUGCGUUGAUCCUGAAGACCAAAUGUCCGUGGAAAGCUACUUCUUCGCUUCCUUCCAAGAUAAUGAGCGGGCAUAUGAUAUGAUCCAAAGACUGCUCGAUGAGCGGCCUUCCUCAGAUUUGCCUCGAGUAUCCUCAGCUACUACGAUACAACAACCUACCGAAGUUCUGGAAGAUAGCGUCAAUACUAUCCGACGACCGGAUCAGACUGCGGAGAGUCCUUCGACGCAACGGUCUGGUUUUAAGAAGAUUGGUUCGGUACUUCGACCUCUGAUCUCUAAAAGCGAUGACAAAGUUAAAGAAACAGAAUCACAUAAGUCUGGACUGUCAAUCCCUUUCCUCAAUUCGAAAGCACAUAAGGCAUCUCAUGACAGUCUCGAGACUGUAAGAAAUGAGCCUGUCCACGAGGGCACAGGAUCACCUGGUGAAGACGAUGACGGAUAUCCGCCUCGCCAAAGUGGACCUAUGCCGCAUGGCAUGCACCAAGAGGAUCAUCGAAAUACAUGGGGUCCAUCAUGGAUACGUAAACCAGCAUCUAAGCUUUUCGGUACGUCCCCGAGUAGCACAUCGACUCUUGGUAAAACUCCGCCCGGAUCUCACUCUCAGUUGGGAGGAAUCGAAAGCUCAGACACGACUCAAAGUACUCCACGAAAACGAGGUUCAGUCACCGAAGUUGUGGAACCUGCUGUCAGCUAUGAUAGUGACACUAGCGAUGACGAGUUAAGCGGCACAUCCAACGGAGGAGCAGCUAGAAUGUCUUUCGCAUCGGACAUUUCUGGUGAUAGUCAAAUGCUCCAUAGCCGAUCAGACUAUUCGAUGCUCGAGGCGUCGGAAACAGGUCGAAAAGAGGACGAUGAAACUGCUCGGAAAUUUAGAAGUGUCUUCGCCUUGAGCGACAAAGAAGAACUCAUCGAACAUUUCCCUGGUUACUUGUAUCGAGUACUCCCUGUAUCCGGUCGCUUCUUUGUUUCAACCAACUAUUUCUGCUUCCGCUCAUCUCAGCUACUUUACAAAACCAAGAUGAUCAUUCCUAUCAAAGAUCUGUACGGUCUUAAGGCACAAAAAGCGUUCCGCUUCGAUCAUUCCGGCCUCGUCGUCGUCAUUAAAGGUCAUGAAGAGCUUUUCUUAGAAUUCAGUUCAGCACGUCGACGUAAAGCCUGCGUGACUGUGCUCGAACAGCGUAUGGAUCUAGUCCGAGCCUCCGGCGAACGAGGAGAACCUGAUCAAGCGGAUAUCGAAGCGAGAAUCAUGGAAGAUCUAGAUGAAUCCAUUCCGGUCGAGAACAGGACUGAUGCACCUCCAGUAUCACCCUCACAUCUUUUCGGGUCAACAACUUCCACUUUCCUCGAGUUCAAACCUGAACCGAUGAGGAUCACUUGUUUGACAAUUGGAAGUAGAGGUGAUGUACAACCUUACAUCGCGUUAUGCAAGGGUCUUCAAGCUGAAGGUCACACAACGAGAAUUGCUUCUCACGGUGAAUACAAAGACUGGGUCGAAGGCCACGGGAUCGAAUUUGCUAGUGUUGGUGGAGACCCUGCAGAGUUGAUGCAAAUGUGUGUGGACAAUGGAAUGUUCACUGUCUCAUUCCUCAAAGAGGGAUUACAGAAGUUCCGAGGUUGGCUCGACGAUUUACUUAACUCUUCCUGGGAAGCAUGUCAAAACUCCGAUCUACUCAUCGAGUCUCCGAGUGCAAUGGGUGGUGUGCACAUCGCUGAAGCAUUAAGGAUACCCUAUUUCCGAGCGUUUACUAUGCCUUGGACUAGAACAAGAGCGUAUCCUCAUGCUUUCGCUGUGCCCGAGUACAUACGAGGAGGGAGCUACAAUUACAUGACCUACACAAUGUUCGAUCAAGUCUUCUGGCGAGCUAUAUCUGGUCAAGUGAAUAGAUGGCGAAAACACGUGAUGAAUAUCGGUCCCACUUCCUUUGAGAAAUUGGAGCAACAUAAAAUACCAUUCCUUUACAACUUUUCACCAUCUAUUGUUCCCCCUCCAUUAGACUGGACAGAAUGGAUUCACGUCACUGGAUAUUGGUUCUUGGAGAAUGCCGAUGAAAGUCAGUCCAAUGAGGAGAAAUGGUCUCCACCAGAAGGAUUGAUUGACUUCAUCGAUAAUGCUCACGACAAUGGAAAGAAGGUCGUCUACAUUGGGUUCGGUUCAAUCGUCGUAUCAGAUCCGGAAGAGAUGACCCGAUGUGUAGUGGAGGCUGUGACUGAAAGUGGUGUAUGCGCCAUCUUGUCCAAAGGUUGGUCAGACAGAGGAUCGAAGUCAAAGGGUGAUACCGGAGACUCUGAAGGUGCCGAUGGAGUCAAGUAUCCCCCUGAAAUCUUCUCUAUCGAUUCAAUCGAUCAUUCUUGGCUUUUUCCCAGGAUUGACGCUGCUUGCCAUCACGGUGGUGCAGGAACUAGUGGGGCGAGUUUCCGAGCUGGUAUCCCAACUAUCAUCAAACCUUUCUUUGGUGAUCAAGCGUUCUGGGCCGAACGAGCUGAAUCCCUCAAUGUUGGUUCUGCAAUCCGAAAGCUUACUUCGGAACAUUUGGCAGAAGCACUCAUCAAAGCUACGACCGAUGAAAAGCAGAUUUCCAAGGCCAAGGUUGUCGGUGAAAUGAUCAGGAAGGAGAACGGAGUCGCGAAAGCCAUCGAAGCUAUCUAUCGCGAUCUGGAAUAUGCCAAAUCGAUCAUCAAGCCUCCACCAGGACACGAGGAUAAAGCACUCGAUAAAGUCUCGUCUAUCUUGCAUACUGAUAUCGUGCCAUUCCGAUCAAGGUCUAGAUCGCAAUCAUCCCCUCAGAAAUCGGAAAUUGGAUCCAGAUCCAAAUCGACGGAAAGGUACACUAGCGACGAUGGAUGGUCAGUAGUGUCAGGUAACGGUGAUUCAAAUGAUCAACACAGCCAAAGUGGAUUAUCUAGUCCUGAGUCGAAACAAACAGAGGACAAGAAGACUCACGAUCUUUUCUCCUCGUUGAGUAUUAUGCAUGGUGAUAUACCAACUAAUUGA